UGGAAACUACAAAUAUCUGAGGAUAUUGUCCAACCAUUACAAGACAAGCACUUGUGGACGCAAAGUACUUUCUAUCGAUUCCUCUAACCACUUAUGUGCAUUCUUGAAAGUCUUGGUCUUUGUUUAUUGUUUUUGGUAGGUGAAAGUCUUGGUCUUCCUAGCUUUUAUAGUUUUCUCUCUCCCUUAUCUCUUUAUCACUUAGGUUCACCACACCCAUGCCCAUCCUCCUACUCAAUAGUUUUCUCUCUCCCUUAUCUCUUUAUCACUUAGAUUCACCACACCCAUGCCCAUCCUCCUACUCAAUAGUUUUCUCUCUCCCUUAUCUCUUUAUCACUUAGAUUCACCACACCCAUGCCCAUCCUCUUGCUCAAUAGUGUUCUCCUCCUACUCGUCUGAACUUAGCGCUCGUGCUUGCUGGAUUGCUACCAUUGAUCUCAUCCCAUUCACCGGUCUUCUCUAAGAAGUCUACUCGGAAAAGUGAUUGAUUCACCCAUGGCCAUUGGGGAGAUCGUUUUGGGUUCCUUCUUUCAAACCUUGUUUGACAAGUUGAGUUCUUUGGCAUCAGACUAUGCGCAACAGGAAGGAACUGACACCACCAUCCUUGAUGACUGGAAGAGGAUGCUAGUCACAAUCAAUGUAGUGGUGGAUGGUGCAGAGGAAAAGCAACUUAGCGGGAAUUGUCUAGUGAAGCCGUGGCUCGAUGAUGUUAGGGACUUGGCCUUUGACAUAGAAGACUUGCUCGAUGAGUUAGACAUCAAAGCCACUCAAGUUAAGUCAGAGGUAGAAUCCAGAACAAGUAGAGGUCAAUGGAAAAGGAAGUUCUUUUCUUUUACACGACUAGGCUCACUCGUGUCUGACACUAAGGUCCGAGAUAUCAAUGGUAGGUUUGAAGCGAUUGUCAAAAGGAGGGAUUAUUUAAGCUUGAGAGACAAUGUUGUGGACAGAUCCAACUACAGCAACAAAAGGGAUCCCACUAGUUCUCUGCCGGAGCCUCGGUUUGUCGGUAGGGAGAAGGAAGAAAUGGAGAUACUCCAACUAUUGAUCUGUGAGGUUAAAAAUUCUGAUGCCACGCUAAGCAUAGUCCCCAUAGUUGGGAUGGGCGGUGUUGGAAAGACGGCCUUGGCUCAACGGCUAUAUAAUGAUGCCAAAGUGAAUAGUUGUUUCGAGAAGAAAGCAUGGGUUUGUGUGUCAGAUGUUUUCGAUGUCCUUGACAUAACAAAAACUAUUUUGCAGUCGAUCACCAGGUCGUCCAAUGACGACAAAGAUCUUAACAAGCUUCAAGUUAAGUUGAAGGAUAAUCUAGCCGGGAAGAAGUUUCUUGUGGUUUUAGAUGAUAUAUGGAAUGAGAAGUAUGAAAAAUGGACCGCCCUCUUAAAGCCAUUUGAAGCGGGGGCUAGUGGAAGCAAGAUCAUCAUCACGACUCGCAACCUUAAUGUUGCUUCCAUAACAAGAGCUUCACCAUAUCAUUUGAGGGAAUUGUCCUUUGAUAAUUGUAUAAGCUUAUUGGCAUUUCAUGCUCUUGGAGUAACAAAUUUUGAGAGCCACCCGGCUUUUAAAAUAAUAGGCAAGAAAAUAGCUGAAAGAUGUAAAGGUUUACCUUUGGCGGCAAAGAUGUUGGGCGGCGUCCUACGUACUAAAAUUAAUCUUGAUGAGUGGGAAGAUACCUUAAAUAACAAAAUGUGGUAUCUUUUGACGGCAGAGAAUGAUGAGGUUCUCCCAGUUUUAAAAUUGAGCUAUGUCCAUCUUCCUUCCUAUUUAAAGAGAUGUUUUGCUUAUUGUGCGGUAUUUCCCAAGGAUUACGAAAUUGAGAGGGAUGAGUUGGUACUCUUAUGGAUAGCAGAGGGACUUUUAGACGGGCAAAAAGCAAAUGAGAAUAUCUUGAAAUUGGGACGGAAGCACUUUGAUGAGUUAGUAUCCAAGUCAUUUCUUCAACAAUCAAGUAUCGAUGCAUCUAAGUUUUCAAUGCAUGAUCUUUUGAAUGAUCUAGCAAAGUCAAUUUUGGGUGGGACUUGCUUUAGCUCAGGGGGGUCUCGGGUAGCAAGUAAUGAACAUGAUGUAUCAUCUCUUGAAAAAACUCGUUAUGCAUCAUUCAUCCCAUCGUGGUAUGUUACAUCAAAAUGCUUGAAACCAUAUCAAGGAAUGAAGGCACUAAGAAGUUUAAUUCUGGUGCGUGAUGGAUCUUGUGGGGGCUCUUUCUUUAUUUCCAACAAGGUGCUACAUGACUUGCUAACAAACUUGAAGUACUUGAGAGUAUUCUCAUUAUGUCGUUGUAACAUCGUAGAGGUACCGAAUUGUGUUGGUGAUUUAAAACAUCUUCGAUACCUCAAUUUCUCGUACACUCAUAUUGAGAGGCUACCUAAGUCAAUUGGUGCCUUGUGCAAAUUACAAGCUUUGAUUUUAAGAGGUUGUCAAAAGCUUUCAAAGUUGCCUCAAGGUAUCACAAAGUUAGUCAGCUUACAGUUUCUUGAUAUUAGAGAUACAAAGAGUCUAAAAGAGAUGCCGUUGAGUAUUAGUAAUUUAAAGAAUCUUAUUAUGUUGUCCAAAUUUGUGGUAGGACUUGAGAAAGGGUCGCAGUUGAAAGAGUUAAAGAACUUGCCACAUCUUGAAGGAGAAUUAUUCAUAUCAGAAUUGCAAAAGGUGGAAAAAGUUAUAGAUGCAGUUGAUGCUAAUUUGCUUCGAAAGCUAGGCCUUACAAACUUAUCCUUGCAUUGGGGUGAACAUUUGGGAGAUCUCCAUAAUCAUGAGCGUGAAGCACAGGUGCUUGACUCUCUGCGACCUCACACUAAUCUUGAAAAUCUUGCUAUUUUGAAUUAUCGUGGUGUAGUAUUCCCAUCAUGGUUAGAUUGUACAUCCUAUUAUAAAAUAGUGUCUUUAUGCUUGUGGGACUGUCCUAAUGUUAUGUCGCUGUCUAUGAUUGGACAACUACCUUCACUUAAGGAAUUAUCUCUUAAAGGUCUACAUGCAAUAAGAAUGAUAGGCUUUGAAUUUUACGGAGGUACAAGGCCUUUUUCAUCCUUAACCACUUUGAAGUUCGAAGAGAUGUUGGCAUGGAAGGAUUGGUCUCCUUAUGCUGGCCCAAAAGAAGAAGUAUCAUUCUCCUAUCUUAAGCAUCUUGUUGUUCGGGGCUGUCCUUCAUUGGUCAAGACAUUGCCUUGUCAACUUGAUCGUCUCACAAAGCUUGAAAUUCAUUCAUGUCCGCAUUUGAAAAACUCAACCAAUGAUGUUUGUCUUCCAUCUCUCCAUGGGUUGUUCCUCGAGGAUUGUAACAAAGAGAUCUUGAAGAGAUUGAUCAACCUAACUUCUUUGACCAUUCUUACAAUUAAGAAUCUUGCAGAGUUUGUUUGCUUUGAUCUUGGGUUUAUGAGCCACUUGAUCAAGCUAAAGGAGCUUCAUAUAGGAGGGUGCGACCAGUUAAAAUAUUUGUGGCAAGAUGGAAAUGAAAUGCUAAAUCUUACUUGCCUCCUGGAAUUAACCAUCGUAAGCUGUCCUCAGUUCACAUCAUUCGUGACAGGAGAAACAGAAAUAGAGUUGCCAUGCAACCUUGAAAAGAUGAAAUUGAGUAAUUGCACCAGUUUAGAAAAGCUUCCAAGCAAGAUGUACACACUCAAUUAUUUGUCUAUUGAACGGUGUCCAAAACUCAUAAUGCCAACCAUUUCUUCAUAUGACCCCAACAACAACAACCGAAUGUCUCAACUUCAAUCUUCAUGUACAAGUAAAUGUGAUUCUUUGACAUUUUGUCCCUCUACCAAGGAUAGACUUGCUACUCUAAAGACAUUUUAUAUUAAAUAUUGCGAGGGAGUGGAAUCACUAGAAGAAAUCACCAUAGAAUCACUCGAAUUUAUGGGAAUUCGCAAUUGUUGGAAUCUAAGAAGCCUACCACAAUUCCUUCACACGCUCUCCCAUCUCACUGGAUUGAGUAUAAGUGAUUGUUGUCAGAUAGAGGACUUUCCUCCCCUUCCCCUCACUCUAUCAAGCCUUACACUUGAGAGAUGUCCAAAGAUCAAGUCUAUCACCAGUAUCACGAGUUGUAACAAUCUCACUUCUUUGGAUAUAAUUGGGUGCGGGGCUUUGGAAAUAAUAGAUUCCCUUCCCCUUCUCAUCACCCUAUCACAUGUCUCUCUCUCUAACUGCCCGAAGAUAAAAUCUCUACCAAAGUGGCGUCAUCUUACAUCCCUACGGAACAUAUCCAUUAGGCAUUGCCAAAAUAUCCAAUGCUUGCCCGAAGGAGGUUUGCCUCCCAAUUUGCAAGCAUUUCAUUUUGAGUGCGAGAAUAUGAAACAGCCAGUGAGAGAAUGGGGCUUACCCCUACUCACAUCCCUCACGUUUCUAGAUAUUAUUGGAACAAAUAUGGGAGGGGAGGGAGAGAAGGUGCGGUUUCCUGAGGAGGAGGACGAGGACGAGGAGGAUGCCUGGAGUCUUCUCUUUCCUUCCUCUCUUACCUCUCUUUGGAUUGGCCAUAUGAGGAACGUGGAAAGACUAUCGGAUGGCUUUCGCAAGCAUCUCUCCUCUCUCCAGUGUUUAGGGAUUUCAAAUUGCCCGAAGUUGAGGGACUUACCAAAGGAUGGCCUCCCUCCCUCCCUCCAAGAAUUGUGGAUAGAAAGAUGCGAGAUUCUAAAAGAUCGAUGCUCAAAACACACUGGCGACUAUUGGCCCCUCAUCCAAGAGAUCCCUGACAUCGAGAUUGAUUGGGUUCAGAUUCAAUGAAUUGAUUCAUCCUGAUACGAUGUCUCACAUAAAUUUCUGGGAAAAUCCAAGAAAUCCCUGGCAUGCGCAUUGAUUAGUUUCAAAUCUGGUGAAGCGAAAUUGAUCCACUUUCACUUUCAUUUGCUAACUGCCACGAUUCAUCCUUCGAUGUGCAGUCAGUUUUCUAGGGUCUAGAUUUUUGGGUGAGAAAUACGAGCAAUGUGGAAAGAGUAUCAACAAAGUGGAGGAUGUAAGAAGCAUGGAGUAUUCUGUUUCCCUCAUCUCUACAUCUCUUUGGAUGAGAACUAUGAGGAACGUGGAAAGAUUAUCAAGUGGUCUUCACAGCCAUCUCUCCACUCUCGAACAGCUACAUUUUAUAGGUUAUCAG